UCACCGUUGAGAAACAUCAACAUAGUGACCCGGGAAAGGCAACUUCGGAGGCGGGUAGCGACACUUCUUUCUAGGAAUCUCAGAGUUGACCUGGAUAUUCGAUUGCCUGGACAAUCGCCGAGACGACAACAAUGGGUGCAUGUCGCUAGAAAAAGUUGCUAGCUUAGUUGGCACAACUGCGAGCUAACAUUGGUUUGCUAACGUUAGCUGGCUAACUGCUAACGUUAGCAAACAUACAGCUGAACGAAACUGAAGAAGUCCGGAGAAGUCAGGAUUAUCUUAUCAUGAGGACGUCAUCAUGAAUGUGAACAUCUAGACACCUCGGAUCGUUUCCCUAAAGGUGAAUGGGAGAGAUGAGGAGCAGCAGGAGGACUGAGGUGUCUCUUAAAAGCUCUGCUCAGCAGCUUACUGAUCACAAUAUUGGCACGGAGCUCACAACUGGAUGGAAAAUUUUGCCUCAGUCCAAAGCUGCUUUGCGGCAUAUAGAAAACCAUCUAGAGGCAGUUCCAGGGACAGGGGUUCUCCUGGACUCAGUCAUGGAGCCCCACAAGGAGAAAUUGUCCAGGACGGUCUGCUGCAGGGAUGGGCAACAAGCUGAUGACAACGGAGGGUCUUCAAAGCGCAGGGGGCGUAGUCAGCAAAGUCAAGAAAAGAGCAGCUCUCGCAGCCCACUGAGAAAUACUACCCAGGACAGCAACGUCUGCAGGAACAACAGCGUAGAGUUCAGGGAACCGCUGGCCUCAUACAGAGAGGCCACCCCUCCACCACAUCCAUCCUCUCAGCUGGAGUCCUACAGCCUGCAGUCUAUGCCAGGGUCUUCGUACCCAUCCUCUCUGCCUCCCUCAGAUCCUCUGCUUAGCCAGCUGGUCUACCAGAGGGACACCAGGGACAAGCAGACGGACAGGGACCUGGACAGCACACACUCCUCAGCUCUGGCGAGCACCGAGGUCCGCUACCUCAAUGACCAGCCAGCCCUGGACACCCUGAGGACUAUUGGAAACCAGUCACAUCUCACAGGUGUAAGAGCCCCUGUAAGGGAGGGGACUACGGAGGAAAGCACUCCCAAAGCACAACUUGGCAUGGUGAGCCAAGAAUCAAGCCCAUGUCUAGCUCCAGCCCCAGGCUCCAUGCGCCGAGGGGAGAACAGUCCCUCCACCAGCCCUGGCUCAGCUUCCCAGCGAUUGGAGAACCUAAGGCGACAUCAGCCUGAUGAUAAACUGGAGAAGCUCAAAGAGCGUAUUCGAAGGCAGAGACAACAUGUGGAGGAGGCUGCAGAGAGAGAGAAGCUGCUGGGUGUUCUGGAACAGCCUAUUACUGCAUCUGUGGGGAGUAACAAUGCUGGCAUCAGCAACAUGCCAACGGCUAAAAUACGGAAAGUAGCAGCUGCGCCGCCUGCACCUAUAUACAGAGGUUUCAACAGUACUGAGACAAAGAUCCGGACACCUGAUGGGAAAAUUUGGAAGGAGGAGGAGUUUCAUAACCUCAGCAGAGAAAUAUACAGAGACCUGUCACGACAGUUUGCUGAGAGCACCAGAUCCAGGCAUCACCAGCAGCAGAGGGAACAGAGAACAGACAGAUCCAAAGAGAGGAGGCCUCCCAAACCAGUCAGGAAGGUCCACAGAGCUGUCCCUUCCUCUGACCUAAAUGCAACACCAGUGAUUAGUCCUGCAUCAUGGCGGGACGGCCAGAAGCUGGUAAAGAUGGUACUGGGUCCAGUUCCCAAGUUGCCCAGGGAGGAGGACAGUCCCCAUGAAGCUGAUGGACUGAGCAGAACAGCUUCCCGUCACCGCUCCAGUUCAGACCCACGCUCAGAAUCAAACCGACGAUCUCGCCCUAACAGCACAGAAAGGCCUCGCAGUGGUUUUCGGGGGCAAUCUAAAAGCCACUCCACAACCACAUCUACCCCCUUGUGUGCAGCUCAGGACAAGGUGCCAGUUGGUGUAAGCACAGACUUGUUGUCAGCAGACAUUCAGGGUAUACUGGACGAUCUGCAGCUGGAAUGUAAAGCAGCUGAGAAGGAGGAGAGGGCCCGUCAAAAGUCCCGGGGUGGGAUCAGUUGUAGGAGAGGGAGAGGGGGAUCGGGGUCACGAACAAGGACUCCAGUGUCUGCUUGGGGAGCUACUGUGGUCACAGGUAGCUCCUCAAGAGGAUGCCGCAGUGCCAGCCCCGCUACACGCCGGCCAGAGGCUGUCAACAUGGCUGACGCAGGGCACAAAAAGCGACACUAUGAUGCAGAUACCGUUCGCCAGUAUAUUGCCCGGCAACAAGAGGAGAGAAAGAGGCGUCAGGCAGAGGAGAAGAGGGCAAUGAAGGAGGAGGCAGAGAGGAGAAACCAGAGACUGCAGGAGCUCUACAGGAAGCAAAGAGAAGUUGCUAAAGUAGUGGCUCUUCCCAGCGAGGUGUCUGUGGCCCCUGUACAAAAGCGGCUACAGGAGACCUACAACAAACUGUUGCUGGAGGAGGCCCAGCUUGGCAAGGAGGCCACACAGACGCAGCCUGCUGCUCCUUCUAGUCAAAUGAGACCGAUGUACCAGCCCUCUGGAGAGUCAGACAAAGAGAACAAAAGACUAGAUGCACCGCAGAGCCCAUCAAGCAGUGAUUGGUCUUUAAAUGAUCAGCCACCUCCUCCAUUAUCCAGGAAUGAUCCGGAUGUUGGAGUUGCCGCUUUGCUUCAGCCUGACCACCUGAGCCCUGCUGUUCGACCCACAGCUGGUCCCAGCAGCAGUAUGCUAGCUCCUUUUGGUGACCCUCUUCUCUCUCAGCUUCUCAAGCUGGAGACAGCAGUGGCAACUGGCGACAUCAAACACACCCAGCGGCCAGCAACAGCACCUUCCAACAUGUCACGUUCCAAGAUGUCCCGCAUUGAGGCCCUCAAGGCCACGGCUGCAUCACUCUCCAGUCGUAUAGAGAGUGAGGCCCGGAAGCUUGCUGGGGAAGGGAUCAACUACGGUACAACAACGUCAGUGGACAUGGACACUAUUUUGUCUCCUCGGCCCACUCUGGCUAAUUUUGAUGAUGGAUGCUGGGCAGAAACAGCUGCCAUGGAAAAUGAUGCGACAUUAAGGAUCCAGAGGAUUUUGACUAGCACAGGUCAUAGUUCAUAUAAUAGCACAGCUCUUCCAGAAACAGGCAAUCGGCACACCCUCAGGGGACAGAAAGAAAGGAAGGGUACACACACCAAUUUGACCAAUCCACAAACAACUUCUGGUGAUGUAACAGGGCCCAUUCUUAACAGUUAUGCACAAGACAGGAGGACAUUAGUCAAUGGCUUGGAGAAGGUAGAAAUAAUGGAUAAAAUGGGACAAAGGAGAGGCUAUGACAAGGAACAGAAUCAGACAGAUCUCCAUGACUCAAGUGCCGGUUCCAUCAGUGAGGGUCCCAUACUGAGUGAAGGGAGUUUUUCAGAGGAUGAGGCAAGCCCUCCCCACCCCUCCAGCAAUUGUAUACUUAGACCAGCAGAUCGCCUGGAGGCAGUGGACUACUGUGCCAGCCAAAGACGGGAUUACCAGCGGCUGUCUGACUUCCAGAGGGAGGCAGCAAGGUGUUCAGCGCUCAGCUCCCCAUUUGCUCAGCAGGACAACAGUAGAGCAGCCUGGGAAGAGCUGAACAAAGGAAGCCCUUUAAGCGUAAUCAACAUUUUCACUAAGAACCUUCAUGGCCAUGCUAAAGUGAGUGAGAGGAAUUCUCCCUCUGCCCCUUCUUUGUACUCUGGAAAUGGCCUCGGCGAUGCAGCAAUCUAUGAAGAUGACUUUGUGUCAUCACAUAGCAGCAGAGCCACAAGCCAGUUAAGGAGAGGGUCCAAUUCACCCAGUGUGAACAGUCACUUUGAGGAGCUGAUGAGGAGGUCUCCUUAUGAGAAAAGUACAGGAGGCAUCGGUUCCCACAAUUCAUCCUUUCACUCAUCUAUUCACUCACCACAUCUCUCCUCUGGUUCAACCUCUGGCUCCUCACCCCUCUCUAAACACUCUACCAGAAAAAGAGGCACAUCAGACCAGAGUGAUGCCACUCUGGUGGAGGAGCAGAGGAGCACCUGCUCACCCCCCUCAGAGGCCCUAUCCUCUGACUCCAGGAAGAGAGGCUCAGACAAAAACUCUGCCCACAGCCAGGCCAAGAGUGUCCACUCCAGUGACACUUUAGGAGAAACUUCAGGGUAUUCUCACCAAAGUUUGGGGCUGAAUGGUAAGAAGUCUUCAGCGGCCAGGCCCAAACACACUUCUCCUUCUGGCUCUCCGGCCCCUGGUUCUCCUCCCGGAGCAGACUCUUUCAGUGAGCCUCUAAGAGGUCGCUCUCUGGGGGAAGAUAACAUGAACACAGGCACCACAGCUCGCAGCGGUAGAGUAGAGACCUGGACCACAGGUGAACUACAAUAUUCACCUGCUGUCCUGCAGCAGCGUAUGGCAGCAGAGCUCCAGUACCUGGAGUCCAUUGAAGAGUCAGUCCGACAGCUGAGCGACGUGGAGAGGCUGAUGGGUGUGUCCAUGGCUCAGCAGGAGAGUGCAUCAUUGGCCCAAAUGCUAAAGGCCAAGCAUCAGCGCCAUGAACGCGACAUCUACGAGCUGAAGAUCAAGGCUGAAAGAGAAGCCCUGGAGACAAAGCUGCAGCUGGAGGAAAACCGGCAGAGAGUGGCCAGGGCUCAUAUAGAGCUGCAGGAAAGUUUGGCGGCGACUCAAAAAGAGACUUUGGAAGGCCUCCAGGAGGCAACUACUAAGAUGAUGAGUCAACAAGCUGAGGCAGCACGGUACACAGUCGACACUGCCCGACACAUCAAGGAGAUGACAGAAUUGGCGCGGUCCCAGAUAGCUGGAGCUUUGGUUGUCCCCCCUGUUGCCACCGAUUCCUCCAUGUUGGACCAGCGGGAAGAACAGGAGAGCUCCUAUACAAAGCAGCAAAAGGAUAAAGCUGACUCUGACAGCAUCCAGAGUGAGAUGUCGAGCAGCAGGACCAGGCCAGAGGAACCUCUGUCUUCACUGAACAGCCUCAGUCACUCCGACUCUCUGUCCCUCAGAAGACCCAACCUGAGUGGAGCAGACUCUAGCAGCCACCAUAGCCCGUCACAUGUCUGCUCAGAACACAGAGAACGGACAAAAAAAGAAGCAGGAGAGGGGAAAUGGAAGGAGGAGGGAGCUGAGGGCGGCACAGAGAGGGAAGCAGGCAGCAGCUCCAUAGAGGAGGAAGUUCUUACAGCAGCAAAUGACUCCCUCUGCAGUGACAGCAUCCCCUCUGUAGUGGAUGAGAAAGGAGACAGUACGUCAGUGGCAACGGAGUACUCUCUCAAGUUCGAUGAGUCCAUGACAGAGGACGAGAUAGAAGAGCGAUCAUUCCGCUCUCUGUUGCCAUCUGAGGCGCACCGCCGUGGAACCAUGGAGAAAAAGUCCCGCCACCACGAGGAAUCAGAGGAUGAUGGGGCUACUCAUAACACAACAUUGGUUUCAGGGGCACACAAUAUCUUGAAGUCUCAAGAUGCAAACAUGGCCUUCUCUGGUGGACAGGACAGCUUUUCCCAAUUCACCAUGGACAUGGUACGUCAAUACAUGAAGGAUGAGGAAGUAAGACUGCAGCACCAGAGCUCGCUGCUGCGUCUUCGCCAGAAGGCUCUCAAAGAGAAGACGAGAACUGAGCUGGCCUGGCUAGAGCACCAGAAAAAAAGGCUGAGAGACAAGGGAGAGGAUGACAAAAUGCCACCAAUCAGGAAGAAGCAGAGGGGCCUUUUGAUGAAACUACAGCAGGAGCAGGCUGAGAUCAAGAGACUCCAGGAGGCCAAUAAAGCAGCGAGGAAGGAAAGGCAGCUGUUGCUGAAGCAGCAGGAGGAGAUUGAGCGGAUGAGAAACUCUACACUCAGACUGAAGGAGCGUCUCAAGUGUGCUGGGGGUGAAGCACCUGAGACUCCAGUGUCAGAAACACCGGUGUCAGAGCUAGCCUCCCCCAACAUGAGACAUGCUGAAGAUAACCGCAGCCCCUCUCCCUCGCUUUCCAUCUCUGGAAGUGAGACUAGCAGCAUCAUGCAGAAGCUUAAGAAGAUGCGAACUCACAUGGAUGAGAAACACUGCUCUCCUGUCCACUACUUCCUCUCUGUGUUCACGGCCCAACACUGGGCCUCCCUCAGUGUCUGUCUUCCCAACCUCCACCCUAAAUUCCAGCUCUUUAUCUACAACCAGUUGGUCAGGUUCCUGACCAAGCGGGAGCAGCAGCUGAUGCAGAGACGUCGCCAUGCUGAGGAACUGCUGCAGUGGAAACAGCGACUGGACCGGGAGGAGGCAGAGGUUCGUAGGAUGGAGAAAGAGGCCCUGGCUGUCUGGGACCGGCAGACGCAGCGGGACAAGGAUUGUGAUGUGUCAGAGAGUCAGAAAAAUGAGAUCUCUGACAUUAGCCCUAGUCACAAUCGAAGCUCAGAGCCCAGAACUGACAGUGAGAAAGAGUAUGUGAGUGAGGGUGAAUCCUCAGCGACACCUGAGUCCAGUAUACACACAGAGGGAUUAGGGUAUCAGCAACCAGGAAGCCCCUCCUCAGCAAAACCUGUGUCAGUCCCUGAAACACCUUUGGCCUCCGUCCAGAGCAGCCCUGUGAAUUACACCGAAGACUUCACUUCAGCUUCACCAACACCUAUCAGACAAUCAGUCCAGUCUUCAAUAUUCAAAGGCAGCCACAGCCCUGCUGCCUCUCCUUCAGAUGGCAGCAGCAAAACCAAGAUGCAGCUCCACUCCUCCUCCCGGACCGCCAACCAGGCCCGCACUCAGCCAACUGACUCCCCAAUGGCCACGCAGACUGAACCCAUUUCAGACCAGAGUGACAUAGAGAGUCGUAUCAAGGCCCUGAAGGAAGAACUCAGAAAACGAAAGUUUAUGGCCUACCAGCUGAAGAAAGAGCAGAAGAAGAGGCACAAGGAGCGCCUGAAGGCAAAGGAGGCCAGCCUGCUGAGGCAGCUGGAGACCUAUAACAACUUCAUCGAGAAAACUAAGGCAGAACUGAAUAAGGAACCAGACUCAACACCUGAUACAAAGUCCCAGAUCAACGAUUCCAUAUCAGUCGCUGAGCAUUCCAGUAUUAAACCACCUGCUCACAGGUCUGAAACCAGCCAAGACUCUGAAAGGACACAAAUAGAUGCCUCAUUAGACCACAAUGCCCCUCCUCAAGGUGAUUAUAGUAGAUCCACCUCAGUGCCUGAAAAAUUACCUGAAGACCCACCAACUGUCACUCCAACCCCACUACAUGGCAGUCCAGAAUGUCCAACCUCAGGACUUGUGGAUCUUUUAAGACCUACCUCCAAGGAAACCAAGACGCAGAUUAUUGAGUCUGGGGAUGAGAACAUUGUGUCUUAUCAAAGAUCUGAAAUUCAAGAAGAGCUGGAGGUGGAAGUAAAUUCCUGGUUGGAGGAUCAACACUCUGAACGUCUGCUCAAACUAGAAAAAGAGGACAGACCCGACUCCCAGGAGAAGCUUUCUACAUCUCUUGGUUCCUCUUCAGUGAGUGAAGAACAUCAAUGUUCUCCAUCAGAAGCAAAGGAAACAUCUGAAGCAGAGGAUAUUGUAAAACCUACAACUAAGUCAAAUUCAACCCCAAUGGACCUCAAAAUCUCACCACAUCCAAGCUUUUCAUCCAGUGAUCCCUCCUGCUUCCCUGACUCAGUUGCUUUCUCUUCAAAGAAGGAGGCCCCCAAAAAGGACGGUGAAGUCUCUUCUCCCAUGGCAGAUGAUUAUCAUGAUGACUUUGAGUCAUCAGUUGAUUCGUCACCCAGGGAGCAGCAUCGUAGUUCCAGGCCUGAGUCUCAAAUCUCAGUUUCCCCGACUGAAAUAAAAGGUUCAAGAGAAGACUCCCCUAGCAGAGCCACACCAUAUGACCGCCAAGAUGAGGAGGUAGAGGAGGAAAUAGCUGAGGAACUGAGUCACCAUUCUGGCAUGAGUGAACCUAGCCAUCAAUCUGGAAGACUGCUAGAUCUACAUAAACAGACAGAAGACUCCAUACAUGACAAUAAGAGCAUUAAAUCCAGCCACUCACCAACAGUCUCUCCUUUGCAGACCCCUAUCUCUCCUGUUAUAGAUGAAAUGCCAAGUUUUCACAUUGGAGAUCGGGUUCUUGUUGGCGGUGUUCAGCCUGGCACCCUGAGAUUCAAAGGUCCAACCAGCUUUGCCAAUGGCUUCUGGGCUGGUGUGGAGUUAGACAAGCCUGAAGGGAGCAACAACGGCACUUAUGAUGGAGUGGUAUACUUUGAGUGUGAUGAAUGCCACGGUAUCUUUGCUCCUCCAGACAAAAUCACACACCUCCCAGAUAAGUUUGAGAUCUACAUAGACACCACAGAGGACGAGGACUCAUUCUUUGAUGAUCUGUCAGAUAAAGGUGGGGAUAAACGUAGAACAGAUGAGAACAAAAAAAAUCAAAAACAAGGAAAUCUUAAGACUAGAAAUGAACAAACAUCUCAUAAGGACGUGGGGUCUGGAGCUAAAAAGAUUACAGACGAUUCUCUUCACAAGAACCAGACCUCACUGAAGGACGGAUCCCACCUCAGUUCACAGCAUCACAAAGAAUCCCAGCAUCCAGUUUCUAAUGGCAACAGUUGGGACAUAAUGUUGGAUUUUGACAUUGCACAAACUGCUGUCCUCAUCUCUGACAUGGACAAGAUUGGCCUGGGGGAGCAGAGUCAGAAGGAGAUGACAACCCUUGUUGAGAGAGAAGACUUAGACUCACAACACCAGUCUACUCCUGCUGAUCUUACCAUAGAUAUCAGGGAUGUUAAGGGUAAAGAGAAAGACACAGAUUUACUGGACACAUUUGCAGAUAUGCUCUUCAACAACUUUGUGAAAGACACUGUGAAGCAAUUUUCUGAAAUUAAAAAGGCUAAGGAACAGAAGAUAGAAGCUGCCAACCAGAUGAAUGGAGACCUGUUUGGGGAAAAUUUUGAAGAAGAGGAGUGGAUCUCUUCAGUAGAACAAAAAGAUGGUCUACCUUUCUUCCUACCCAUAGAAAAAGAGGAGCUGUCUUCUCCAGAGCUGUGUAACCGACCGGAGAGUCCAGUGUUAGGGGCCAGUGGUCAAGAGGAACUCGCCAAGCGACUAGCAGAGCUGGAACUGAGCCGCGAACUGCUGGAUGAGCUAGGUGACGAUCAGGACUGGUUUGAUGAGGACUUUGGCCUCAGCUCCCGUAGGGAACAGCAGAGGCUUAAACAAAAACAGAGAGAGGAAGAGGUGAGGUUGGUAGGAGAAGGGGGGCUAGGGAGCUCUGGCUCAUCAGCUGGUGCUCCUAUGGGGGGGCUGGACUCAUCACCAGGUGGAGAACAGCAGGUAAAGACUCCACCUAGACCUGAGCUACCUCUUCCCCUGCCUCCUAAACUACCUGAGCAGCCCGCCAUGGUGGUGCCCCAUUCAGCCACAGAGGUGGAGAAGAUGGUCCAUGCUGCCACUCAGGAGAUCUGGGAGAGCUGUGGUCUGGGGAAGGAGGGAGCAGUGACCCUUGCACAACUGCCAAACCCCAAACCUUCACAAGAGUAUCUGGGUAAAGAGUCCAGCAGCCAAGACCAGGAGGCCCUCUCGAUCCGCAGCUACAGAAAGGGUGUGUAUGACCUCACAUGGGAGAUUCUUCAGGAGAUCUAUGCGGAAGACCCCAACAUUGAUCAGCCUCAGUGGGUCAAAGCACGGCGAGUCAAGGCCUCCUUCUUCCACAGAGUAAAGACACCAGGAGACAUCACCAAAAUCCAGGAAUUCAUCACAGCAGAAGUACUGAAAUUGUACGGUCUGGCAAAGGAUCAGAGCCAGAAGACUGACUGGCAGAAGAUGCUCAAAUUUGGCAGAAAGAAACGGGACAGAGUUGAUCACAUACUGGUUCAGGAACUCCAUGAGGAGGAGGCCCAGUGGGUCAACUACGACGAGGACGAGCUGUUUGUCAAGAUGCAGCUGGCUGACAGCAUCUUUGACUCAUUGCUGAAGGACACCACAAACGUGCUAACGCUUAUCUGUGAGAAGAGAGCAAAAAGAGAGCCCCUCUCCUGACAGCUUUCCUGCUUGGAAUCUGAACUACAACCUCCAGCUCAAUCCCAGUCUGUCCUCACCCCAGUGAGCUCCAGCCAACCUACCGCUGCUCGGUCUUCCACCAGCUGAUGUGCCAACAGCAACCCUUAAAUGCCUUCAAUCCCAGCAGUACCUCUCCUACUUAUUUCAGUGACAUUAAUUUGCUGGAUUUGCUUCAGCUAACUGUAGUGGCUGUACAGUUGGUUUUACACACACAACGCCUCUUGAGCAAUCCUUUAACUUUAACACCAUCUAGUCUCACAUCCUGGACUGGUCCUUUCGUAAAUGCCAGUUGGAGAAUGAGCAGAUGUUUGGAUAGGAUGGACUGUGCCAUUUGUUAGCAUUUAAAGUCCAUUAAUGCUGCUAAGUUGAUUGUUCCACAGGGGACUAAAAUAUAAAAUCCACCUGGAGCAAAAGUAGGUUGUUGUAUUUUGUUUUGAAUCUUAAAUAUAUACUUGGAUUCGAAACUUGUAAUCAAAUGGCAGAAAAGAACAUACAGUGUAGUCAGUGGCUUGACAGUGACACAUUAUUGUUUUGACUUUGUAAUCCAGCACAUUGAAAUUAAGCGGUCACUAUGAGGCUAAAUUGCCAACUUUUAGCCUUAAUUUCGGGUUUUUCGCAUCCAUAUUGGGUGAAAAGUGUAGGAAUUGUAACCUUUUAUACAUAGUACCUCAUUUUAAGGGACUGUAUGCUUGCCUUAAAUCAAAAAUAUUUACAUGGACUUUUUGCUGUCGGUCUGGUCUUCAGCAAGCUCAACAGAUGCUCAUUUGGACUGAGGUCAGGCCAACAUUCAACUGUGUAGCCCUAAAAAGUGCGUGCUUGUUUUUACUGUAUGUUUCGCAUCAUUGUCCUGCUGCAUUGCCUUUAAUUUGGGGGACAAUGUAUUAAAAACACAAAAAAGUCGAACACUAUUCACCCAAUAAGGAGAUGAAUACCCUCCCCUGAACUCCAUUAAAGCUGAGAGUCAGCACUUUAACUUGGUAAUCUUUGUUUCUGAUCCAGUGUGUUGGAGAACAGCUAAAACAAUGAAAAUUUGUCACUCAUAAAAUACUGUCAGGCCCAAUGUGCUGGAACAUGACUGAGUUCAGAUAUUGUAUGAAACAUUUUGCCUCCUUAAUUAUAUUAUUUAUUGUGUGAAAAUGUUAAAUUAGAGGGAAAGGAACAUUAAGAAUUGUAAAUGAUCUUGUCAACAUAUAGAUAAAAGAUAAAUUUAACAUUGUGUAAAGAAAAUUUUAUUGUAAAAGCACAACCAGAAAUGUGACUGUGAAUAUGGCAAUACAUUAUGUAGGAGGUUUAAAGAAUGAUAUUGAAACCAGAAAAAGGACACGGGGAAAUCUGUUUAUUUAAAAGUUGUAGUGUUAAGACUGAAUUGAAACUCUAUGAUUUUGUUGUGGUCACAACUGUCCAUUUGGACCAAUUGGGACACACAAGACUGGCAGUAGGCUUGACUUGAUUUUUUUAGAAUCACAUUAUAGGACAGUACUGAAAUGCUGGAUUUGAGCCUUUCUAUCACCCGAGAAGACACCUGUGGCUGUCUUGUUUCGUCAGUUAUCCUGGAACAAGUUUCUGUAGCUGAACACUGUUGAGCAACCCAAAAACAUUUAGUUGUGUAGCAGGAUGGCUCAGUGCUCAAAUUGCCGCUGUGACACAUUUGGCUUUACAGCAACCAACAAGAUCAAACCAGCCAUCAGAAUGUAGCCUGACAGCAGAGGUAGUCUUUCUCAAUGUUCAGUUUAAGUGCCUCUUUAAGUUAGCUGUCACAAACUUUGUUGAUGUCUCAGCAUCCUUUGGACCUAUUUUCUUUGAAUGUCUCUCUUCAACUGCUGUAUACUACCAUUUUGUAAAUGAUCCUUGAAUGACUGCUCUUCCUCUUUUAACCGGUUUACCAAUACUUCAGUUUCUGCCUUAUAAAUCUUUCUGUAUCAGAGCAUAGUGUAGUAAACAAAAGGGUUUUUUUUUUUUUUUUUUUUUAAAUAUCUUCUCAUUUCCCUGUGCCUCAGCCUGAGGAAAUGUUUGUAAUGCUUAACAAAAUCACUGACUCACUCUAAAGACUACCUGCUUCUUGUCCAUGUCACCCCUGCAUCUGUGCAUAUAGACACAGUUGGGUCAUUUUAUUGAUAAACUGUAUCAGGAACUAUGGACACUCCACACACACAGCCGCUUCAGCCCACAGGCUGCACAGAGUGAGUCAUUGAGCUGAUAAGAUUGAGCACAUAGGACUGUAUCCAAGGGCUUAUUUCAAUCCUCAGUGUCAGUGCUGCUAUGAUCCAACAAAUUGUGUAUAAACGCAAUGUGACGUGUAACAGAGCUGGUUCAUCCGCAUUGACUAUUUGGCGCUAAAGUGACCUUAAACUGAGUACUUAAUGUUUUGUUUUUGUUUUUUUUGUUUUUUUUCUACUGUCAGUGUUUUAACAGUUGCUAAGGUAUAUGUUCAAACUGUAAAUUAUAUAUUGAAGAUAAAGACCAAAAACAUUUGAUACCAACUUCUCCAUGCUGUAUGACUUUUAUGUCUGGUCUGUUGGCAUAUGUAACUGUAAUGGUGACCUGAUUAGUACCUUGGAAAUAUUUUCUACAAGGCUUUACUGCAAACCCAUUAGGAUUGUUCUCUUGAAUUGAUUGUAUGUGGGAGGAAGUUAAGUUCUCCUCUGUAACUAUGCAGUACUUGGUCUUAUGCAUUGCUUUACAUGUGUGGACCAAACAGCUUAGACCUCUGUUGUUAGUCAGUAUAUUAAAUACAUUUUCAAGAAGCCUGAAGUGGUUUUGUGUAGGGUGGAGUUGCUCUAGUUCACAAGGAGACGGACAACUUUGCCUUUUAAUAAAGUGUGUAGUAUCCUAUUAACCCAAUUAAAACGUAGGUACAAAGGAUUUGAUUGUCAAAUUAACCCAGUCUGGCUAGAUUUCCCUCUUCAUCCUUUGAAAUGUUUAUGAAUAUUUAUAAUAAUGUGCUGUGAGUGUGCGCUAAGUGCACUUGAAGACUUGUACAAUUCUUUUAUGGGUGUAAAUAUAUACCGUCUAUCCAAUCUGACCCGCUGUUACUGUAACCUGAACGAUUGUUGUAAGAUAAACUGUUUACUUUGCAAAUAUGUACAUAGUAUAUAUUUGUUAACUAAAUGAACUUUGAAAUUGUAAAUAAAGCUUUCAUUGUUUCUAAAGGAA